AAGUAUGUAUGUAUUCCCAAGCAAGCUUCAGUGGCAUGCUUCCCAUUGUUCUUUUAAGGAAAUGUGUUCCUGGCCGCCGGAACGGGGCAUGUGGCACUUGAGCUUUGUGUCCCUCCUGCUCCCCCUGCCUGGGUGAAGUAGUUGACCACAUCAGCAGCCGACUGCAGUUUGUCAUGUGGUUUCUCAUGUGAUGCUGGGUCUGCAGCACUUGGGAGCUGGAGCCUUUGUGACUGGCACUCAUGGACAGACAGUGGUGUUCAGGGACAGAACCGAUUUUGGAGGGGGUGGGGAGGCCAACAAGCCAAGAAACGUCAGAAAUAAAGUCGCAUGAACUCCAGGGCGGCAUCUCCGUGGGCAUGCCAAGCUUUCCCUGGUUACCUGAGCUGCUCCUGCGUCUCCCGCCCGGGCUUCGCCGUGGUGCCCCGAUCCCGGAAUCAUGCGUCUGCGCCCUGCGGAAGAAGGUCCUGCUGGCGGAGCUCUGGCCGCGGUCUCCUGCCUCGCAGCUGGGCGAGGGGACCUGCAGGACGGGGUGAAGCUGCAGAAGACCUGGGGAGGGACGGCCAGAGAGGACGCCAAGGACCGGGGAAGGGGAAGCUGGGAAUUCCAUCCAUGCAGUGCCCACCGGUGCUGCGCAGGGCAGGGCAGCCGUGGCCCCCACCGCGUGCGCCCAGCUCGGGCUGCUCCCAGGGAUUCAGUCUUGGGGGACAAGCCGUGGCGAGAUGUGGUGGCAUUUUACCUCGGAGCGCAGCUGAAGAUGGAUAAACAAGGCAUCUGAUGCAUGUGCCUGGGAAGGCAGAGCUGGAGAAAGGCGGAGUGAGGGAGCGCGUGCAAGGCAAGAGGAGACGCCGAACGCCGGGGCGAUUGUCUGCCGCUCGCUGUGCGUUCUCAUUCUAGGAGGAUGGCAUAAUUUAUCACCCGGCACACGGAUGGAGGAACUGUAGAUCCUAGUCUGGAUGUCCCCGGCGCUGUCAGCGAAGGAACUGAUGGGCUAGGUGACUGUACCAGGGUCCCCAGAGAGAAUCGCAGCCUCGCAGCAUGGAUUUAAAUGCAUGUGCAUGCGUGUAGAGACAUGGAAAGAGGUUUCUGACCAUUUUACACAGGAAGUCUGUCACUUUGCUGGAUCGGGCUUGAUUGCAGCUUGUGUUGUCAGCUCCAGCUCAACACCCAUUUCCUGACUAGUGAGACAGCAUGGCCAAAGCAGCUGCAUGCAGAAUUUUCUUUUUACUGUGAAAGCAAGCCCCCUCUGUGUUAACUCCUUCCAGUUCUGAGUGCUCUGUGCUUUGCUAGGACCGAUGGUGGGUUUUGUUUUCUUCUCCUACAAAUCCCUGUAAACACAGCUGUAUUCAGUAAUGGCAAAAAAAUUCUAUCCUGUAAAUAGAAAUCCGAUCAAUUUAAUCAAAAUAAAUGUAUCCCAGAUGACUUUGAGACCAGCUGGCUACCACAAGCUUCAGAUGCCAAAUGCUCAGUGGAGAUGAAUACUGUGUUACAUUUACAUGGUUCAGAAUGCUGGGAUCAGCCUGUAAUUUGCAAAAAGAAAUCCUUUUCUAAAGAGGAGAGGUGGUCCUGCCGGCUCACAGCUAGGCGGUUAGGUACAGGUGUAAAUGUUGUUCAUAUGAUUUGCAGAUCUGCCGUGUUGCAUUUCGAAAGGCAUGUGCCAUGAGGCGGAGUAUGGCCAUUGUCAAUAUGGAGAAUGCUUGUUUCUAACGUGCUGUUACGGAGAGCCGAGUGCCCUCCGAGUAGAUUCUGGUGAGGUUGAGGGCAGGCACUGGAGGCUUGUUGUACGUUCAGAUGUGAGGACUGGGGUUCUCCAACCCCAGCUCAGUGGAGUCAGCCAACCCUGGGGGUGAGGAGCUUUCCCAGUUGUCAUGGGGAGCUCUUCUGGGACGCCUGUCUGGCCCUUCCACUGUUUGUCACUAAUUCUACAAAGGCAGCUCUGUGUGCUGGAUUAUGUUUGGCCAGCUGUUGAUGCAUUCCUGCGGGUGGGGCUGGGUGAGGAUCUUAUUACUGUACUUUCAAACUGUAGAUGGGUGUGCAGGGAUAGUACGGAAGGAAAGGAAAAGCACUAAGAUACAGAAUCUGAUCGUGCGUACCUCUUUCUCCAGAUAGUCCUAGAGUGAAUCCAGAAAGGGUUUAAAGUCAAAAGAGGAAAGAGAGCGAGGUGAUUAGGGGUGGGUGGCAUGAGAGGAAGAGAACGAAACGGAGCAAGCGCACAAGAGAAAAACAGACUUGGAACUUCAAAGCUGCAUAGACAAGCAGAAUGUCAGCAGCUUGUAAUUAGCGGUUCAUGGUUGCGUCAGUGACUGUAUCUAUCCAAGAAUAACUAUGUGAUGUGUGCCACAAAGUGAAGAAGAUAGUCAUAACUAAGUUAUCAAACCCAGUUCAAACAAGGGCAAAUGGAUUAAGAAAUUUUCUAUGUUUGUAAAUCAAAUACUGAUGGAUUACACAGGGAAGUCUUGCUGAAUUCUGUAUAAUUGAAGGCUAAAUUAUCAAUUUGUCAGGGGGCAUAUAUUCAUUAAAUGAAACUGUGAACCCUUAAAUGUGCAAAUUAAUCAUGCGAGAAUAUAUCAAUGCAAGCUCUAUCAGUAUAAGAUGUUUUACUAAAUAGCCAAAGGAGCCACUGCCAGUCUCCUAACUUUGUAUCCGUACAUAAUUUGUGUGUGUGUGUGUGUGUGUGCAUUUCAAUAGAGAGACAUCAAAAGUUACACUCAAGUAAAUAGGGUAAAUUAAGUUCUAACAUUCCCACUUUAGAAUUGAAAAGUUUCCAUUUUUUUUUUGAUCUCCCGAGUUUGAACCUUGAAGGAGCUUUUGCUGUUCUGAAGCCAAACAGCAGCUAGUCAGUAAUGGCUAAGGGAAGUCAGGGUACCACGGUUGUUGAGAUUUGAAGGCCACGCUCACUUCCCUCCCUCGUCUCCUGUGCUUCGAGAUUUUGGUGCUACUGCAGCCUCCACAAAGAGACGGUGGGAGGAGCUGAUUGGUCCGCAGGCUUAGAAUGUUUACUCUUAUUUGUUUUCAGCGCUCCUCCACGGCAUUCAUUCAUUCAUUUUGCAUUUCUAUUUGUGUUCAUGCCGCACAAUUACUCCUGACCUGUUUUGUUUCUCUGCCCAAGAAGUCAGUUUUAGUUCGGCUCAUGUUUAGUUUUUGGGCAAUAUGUGCAUAUGUAUUGCAUUACCCAUGUAUGCAUUUUUCUUUCUUUUUUUUUUUUUUAAUGUGGAUUAGGGAAAAUUGUAGGCAUGGAAAGCUGUGUAUAUUAAAUCAAUAGCUUUUUGAAUCACAUGUAAUAUAAUUUAAAUAUACUCACUUUGAGGUUGCCAAAACUGACAUUGUCUGAGCCCGUUUAAUUUACAUCUUUGCUUUAGUCAAGAAGCGGAACCUGCCACAUCAGAAUAGUGUAUUCUGUGCACCCAACAGGGUGGAAGACAUUAUUUUGUUUGUGUUAGUUCAAACAGCUGGUCAUUAAUGCAGUCCCCAUUUCUAGAGCGAAGUGCUGCUGGACAUGAAUGCCUGCCUGAUUAAUGCUGCCCCUCUGAGGGUCCUUCACCCAGCAGUCAUGCUCGCAGCAGAAUAAUGUAGCAUGAUGUGAUUGCACUCUAACAGGAUAGUAUGUCAUUGUGUCACCAAGCAAUUGAGGUUAUUAUGGGGCAGGGCAGACAGACGGGACAGUGGGGUUACUAGACCGUAGCAUUUUUAGAAAUACAGGCCUGACCUACUUAGAGUCAUUCUCUCUGGCUGGCAGCUGCAUGGUACAUAAAGUCUCCUGAUAGGCUGAGGCUGUUGCUAGGGGGGAAUUAGCAUGAAUUUUUCCACACACAGACUCAGUGGCUGAAUGAUAAAAGCUGACUGGAAUUAAAGAGAUUUGGUUUAGUAUUAUACAGAUUUAUCUGCCUCCUUUUCUUUCUCAAGUGCAGAGAAAGAGUGCAAAACACAGAUUUUGUUUCCAUUUGUUCUUUGACCUUCUUGUUCUCUCUCCCUCCUCUCAAGAUGCCCGAGGGGAGGAGAGCAGGACAGUUGUGAAAUUCUGGUUCAUCUCUUACUGUUGGGGUCAUGGAAACGAUGUUGCAAAUUACAAGAUAUUUAAGCUUAAAGACUGCUGGGGAUGACUACCAAAAGGUUAGAUUAUUUUUCCUCUUCUGUGCACUAAGCUAUAUAGAAGCUGGGUAUGCAUAUUUGAUGCACUGUAUGUUUAUACUCUGUUUCCCUUUUGGGCUUGAACAAAACAUUUAUAUAAAUUCCUUUCUAUCCAAACAGAUUGAAGCUUGCAGUCUCUGGCUUGUUUAAAAUAAGGUGGUCAGGAUUCCAGGUUUAGACAGGAAAAAAAAUAUGUAUAUAUAUCACUUUUGUUAUUACAAAAUAUUAUUGGCUGUCUUUAAAAAGCCAGCCUGAUGUGGAUGAAACCUCACUACCCCUACUCUACCCUGUUGGCCUCACAACGUAUAGGAAGACAUAGGUUUCUCUCCAGAAGAAAAUCUGCCUGCAGAAUGUAUCUGGAGGCUGUUUUCCUUGUUGCUGACAUACGCACUGCAUGUAGACAGCUAACAUAAUCAAUUUUAUAAGAUGACCUAUUUUUUUCCUGCUCGUGGAUCUCCAAGUGUCUGUGCCUUUUAGCAGACCUUUUCUAGAGGGGGAGUUUUGAUAGCUCUUUUUAAAGUAAUCUGAAAAGCCAUCAGGAGAAAAAUUAAAGCAACACAUAUUCAAGAAUAAUUUUUCUUAUCCUUAAUUAUAUGCUAUCGAUGCUUAAACUGCAAUUUCUUUCUGAUACCUUUUACUGCUGAAAGUAGUGAUUAUCCUGCCUUUUAGACUUGAAAUUAAUUUUUGUAAGAACAUACUGGGGUAUCACAAGUAAACAAGACACUGGGUUACAUAAAGGAAAAGAAUAAUAGAGAUUCUUGUAAACUUGUCACAUUAGAUUGUUUUUUUCCACAUGAAAAAGGCAAGAGAAAAUUUAGGUGUAGAUUUUUCUUUUCAUUUAGAUUUUUUAAAACAUUCAGAACUAUAUAGAUACAUAAUGCUUUUAAACAGUGAUUCCUCCUUAUACCAAAACAAAACAAAUCCUCUAAUGGUGUCAGCGCCAAGAAAUCUAUCAAUCAUAUAUAUAUGUAUUUAAAAUCCAGGAGUGUUUACAUUUCAGCAUAUAAAUAAAGCUUAUCAAGCUAAAAAAAUAUAGAGUAUAUUUUCUGAUGUUGGAUUUGAUAGAUAUACCUUACAACCUUUAAGAGUCCCCACACAAACAUUUAUUGUAAAGGUUUCCAACUAUACUAGCAAUCUUUCUUCAUUGAAUAAAAUGUCAAUUGAUAUUUGUUGAAUAAAAGAUUACCUUAUCCUAA